AUGUCAGAGACUGAUUCGUCAAUGUCGGAGAUGGCAGCAAUUGACCACAAUCAUCCGCUAUAUAUUAGACUUUCUGAUACUCCUAGCUUAGUCGUGGUACCUGUGAAGCUCACAGGCUCGGAGAAUUACGGGCUAUGGAGUAGGUUGAUGAGGAUUGCACUUAUGGAGAAGAAGAAAUUAGGUUUUGUCACUGGUGGAGUCAUGUAUGCAUCUGAUGCACACCUCGUGUGGGAAUAUUUACGAGAAAGGUUCAAUAAGGAGUUAUGGCAUGAGUAUGAUGUUUUGGUUCCAUUUCCUAAUUGCUGUGAGAAAUCAAAAGAUCAUGCAGAAAAUUUGCAUCAACAAAGAGUUAUGCAAUUCUUGUCUGGUUUGAAUGAGUCAUAUGAUCAAGCUAGAAGAGCCAUUAGCUAUGCAAGCAGGAAGACGAAGAGGAAGGAGACAAUAUCUUCAAAUGGUUGGAAUGGCACCAAUACUGGUAAACCUGGAUGGAAUAAUCCUAAUGCUGGCAAGCAUGGUGGCAAUGGUGUUGGUAAACCAGGUGGUUGGAGAAGAGAACCUAUGGCUAUGAUCAACAAUGCAGAUGUAAGUACAUCUUCUGUGCAGGAUAUGGGAGAUAGUUCAUCUGGAGCUGCUGAGCACAAGGGAUAUCAUUACUUCACCAAAGACCAAUACAAUCAAAUUUUGAGUCUCUUGAACAAGGAAUCUGGGGAGAAUCAGUCAAAUAUGGUAGGUACAGGUGAGGUUAAGUGUUUGAUGAGCAGCUUUACACAGAAAUCACAGGAGAAGGAAUGGGUUGUAGAUUUAGGUGCUACCCAUCACAUCACUUCUGAUUUAGAAUUACUAACAUAUAUUAAGUGUAAAAGGAAAACUGAUAGAUAUAGGGUGCAUCUUCCAACUGGAGAACAGGUUGAUAUUACUCAUAUUGGUAGUACAAUCUUAUUAGAUAAGAGAAAGAUUAAAGAUGUGCUUUAUGUUCCCAAUUUCAAGUUUAAUUUUCUCUCAGUAGCAAAGCUAACAAAGGAGCUGAAAUUUAAUGCCAAUUUCUUUCUUGAUUUGUGUGUGUUUCAGGAUCUUUGGAAUGGCAAGGUGAAGGGGAUAGGUAAAGAAAGAGGAGGAUUAUAUGUGCUUAGAGGACCGGCUAGCAGAAUAAAGGCACUUAAUUCUAUAAGCAGGGCAAGCAAAGAUUCAGAGCUAUUAACAGGUCUUGGUAUAAUUCACCAAAGCAGCUGCCCUUAUACUCCACAGCAGAAUGGUAUAGUGGAAAGAAGGAACAGAUAUAUACUUGACACUGCAAAAGCCUUGAAAUUUCAAGGAGUAAUUCCAAUCAGAUACUGGGGAAUGUGUGUUAAAACAACCGUAUACCUGAUUAAUAGGUUACCAUCAAGUGUUCUAGGGGGCAAAACUCCAUAUGAGUUGUUAUAUCACAAGAAGGCUAAUAUUGCACAUUUGAGAGUUAUGGGUUGUUUAUGUUAUGCAACAAAUUUGGUCAAGACGGACAAAGAUAUUAUAUUCAAAGAAUCAGAGUUUCUAUUUGCUAAGAAAGAUGGAAGCACUUCAUUGGAUGCACAGGAAUAUAUAGAGCAAGGAGCACUGCAGUUCUCACCUCUGCACACACAGCCAGGCAGCAGCAUAUAUGAUAGAAAUGUAUCAACCUCAACAGCAGAAGAUAUGGGUGUGCAAGACAAUAGACAUAAUGAUCUGCAGGAAAACCUACCAGCCCUACAGGAGACAAAUACUGAUGGUAUGCAGGAAGUUUCUCAAAAUGUGGAGGAUAUGUGCAUUGUUCAUGCAGGUCAAGGCUUCAAGAGGAAGCCAGAAAGUGGAAGGCCUAAUAUGACUGGGCUUCACAUGAAAGCCCAUCUGGACAUCAUUCAUCUUUGCAGUAUUUUGCUUAGUGGUUAA